ACUGAAAACAUCAACAAAGAUUCCAUAAAAGUUAUGGCUGUUACUAACAACCGAUCGAAAAGCGCUGUCUUUGAAAAAAUAAAGAAUGUUGGACCUAAUGUUAACGGUGUCACCAUUGAUUAUGAAGAAUGCGAUUUAGAAGACUUUAGUUCAGCAAAGAACAAUGGCUGUUCACUGAAGAAAGCAGAUGUUGUGAUUCUCCGCAAUCUAUCAAUUGACGAUACCAUGUGUCAAAUGCUACAUUUCGGACUGGAACGUGAUUCCUUCAUCGUGAACGAAGAGGACAAUAUGUACACUGGGCGCGUGCGGCCCGCAGCUUUGUACAAAACGUUAGCGUCUCAUGGCAAUGAGUGCACUCGACUGGACCUGGUGCGCUGGCGGCCGAAGCAACUGGACACGCCCACCACGGCCAUCACUGUCCGCGCCAACCUCGACUUCGCGCACCUCACGGCAACACGAGCUAGCCUCCCGCCCCGCAACCGUCUGCUCAUUAUUGCUCCCUUCCCAACCCCAGCCGGUCUGAAGUCUCUUGUCCAAACUUGGAGGAAAGAUGUACAACGCAAUCAUAUUCACUUGGUCACUGUUAACACUGAAGAAGGCAAUAAUUUCUUUUUGGAUGAUCUGCCUCACGUUAACCUCGCGUUUACUGUUUUCGAUCAUGUAAGUGUAAUUUUUUAUUUUUAUUUGUGUUCUUGAUGCCGUAUUCUACAAUUUGACAUAACAUUGCAAAAUUUUAGGGUAUCUGGGGAGGAGAGUACUUUGUG